AUGUUUCAACCGGAUUAUCAGUCUUGGAUAACUCCCUUCACAGCAAGGUCCCGCGCUGCGUACUCCCCUCGACUCCCUCCGGCAUCUUUCCUGUCCCUAAAAUGUGUCGUCGCUUCCCACCACGCUAAGGUCAACGACGACACCGCGCUGGACGUUGCUGCUCUCUCCGCGUCCCUGCGAGACUCUCAGACACUCGCACAUUCCCAAGCACGCGUUUCGGCACUACUUGGCGCAAUGAGGAGCUCGCUCAGUCUUCUCUCCCAGCGCCGCCUAGCCCAUAUGGUUUUCAGGGCCAGAGCAGUGCCCCAUCAUUACCGGACGUCCGGCUUCUAUGCACGGUGUCGUUUGUCACUGCGGGAUAGACGCUUGGCUUUGUCCCAAGGAGGACCAAUUUACUCUCUUUCACCUCCACUCCCUCACAAACUGUGCGUCGCUAUGGCCCAAUAUCUCGACAGACCCAGUUUAGGCCUCGAUACAGCUAUACCGACCCAACACCCAGCUUUACUCCACCCCUGCGGUGUUGUGCAAGAUCGUUCGCCAAUCGGUGACCUUUUCUGUCGGGUUUUUCGGGACGCGCACAGAGACUCAUUACGAACAUCCUUACCCGUGUCCGUCGAAGAAUGUUGGCGGAUGGCCCUCCACCAUAAAUGCCUGUCGGGUCCCUCUCAGAGUCAUCCGGCGUGUGGCGCACAUCUAAUGAGUUGCAUUUCCAGUUUCCUUCUGUCCCCUUCGGAUGUUGCACCAAUAAUACGGCAGAGGUCACUAACUGUUUCUCAUAUGCCACCACGGUGCAUACUCGACAUAACGAUGCUUUUCCACAAGGCGCCAGUUGGCGACCUUUCCGAAUGCGCCUACGGGGAUGGACUCUGUACACUGGCACACGGCUCGCUUCUCAUUUGGGUCCCUGACAGGGAGGAACGGUGCGGCUACACGUUGGUGUCCCACAUGACCGGGGAACUGUCGGAUGGCGUCUGGAUUAGUCGUGACCACGAAUUUGCACUGUCCUGGGCCAACUCUUCUGUCACGGUGGAGGACUGUGACCAUAACCUUAUAUUGACAGAUCAGGGCUCCGGCGCCGCCAGCCUCGUAGCUCGUUCACCGCGCGUGGGCCUCUUCACUUCCAAUCAACUGUCGGCCCAGCUCUUAGCCGUGGAAAGUGCCUCGCUUUCAGCCAUGGGUACUCUCUUCCGCAACGCCUUGCGCACGUUGUGCGACCGAACUGAUACCAUUUCCGUGGCCCUUCAAGCGGCCCUAUAUGUACACCCCACGCUCACUAUGCGCGCUCUUCUGGGUCGCCAGGAUAUCGAAGCCUUCUACUUCGACGACGGCUAUAUCCAGGUUCGACGCUGCGUUUCGUUGCCCUCCUCAGCACUUUCUUUCCUUCCCUUCAAUACUACCUGCUAUACCUUUCCCCAGACCCGCCGCACAGGAGUCAUCCACAAGCAAGGGACAACGGUCGCUUGCUCUAGCACAACGCCCUUCCUGUUCCCGUUCGGCAACGGGGUACAUAGCUUUGAUCCGCACAGCGGCACGUGGUCCUCGUUCAGCCCUCGGGAGGUCACCAAACUACCAUCUGCACCCUCCCAGGAGGGUAUUCGCCUAGCGCCACCGCUUACGGUCUUUCACAAUCUUAUCCUCACUAAUUUCACUGAAACGUCUAACGAUCAGCAGCUCCAUGAACUGUGGGUGGCGCGGGAUCACUUUCGUCUGGUUUACCAUUUUGUGCGAUUGGAUGAUACUUCAACGGGAGGCCACGGAUCAGUCAGGGACGGUUACUUUGCUAGCCGCUUCGUACGUUCAUUGUUCCCUCGUCGGUUCGUCGGAACUCCUUCACCCACGAACAAGAAUUUCGAUCAUGGAGAUUCCCCGUCUGCCAGACAUCAUCGCGUUCCGGCAACACGCGAUGGCAUUGGCCGACGAGCUCCUGGAUUACACGCGGUAAAAGAUGUGGCAAAAUUGAAACUCAAGGAUAAGGAGGAUGCGCUACAUGCAAGAUUACUACGUGAGGAUCUACAUCGCGACCAUCUAUGGGAAUAUGUCUCAUCGAUAAGCCAGUGUAUAAUAUGGUGA